GUACCGAGGACUCCGCUUCGAAGCACUGACACUGUUCAACCACAACAGCCAUUACUUCAUCCGAGUACUUCACACUUUGCACCUCUUACACAUGCCUAUUGAUGCUACUACAUAUCAGCUAUAA